GCCCCUCACACACACACGAGCCCGGUAUAUUUAGCUGAUUGAUCAGGAGCGUCCCCUUCGUUUUGGGCCAGAUCUUGAAUCAGGAACACAGCUGAGCAGGCAUGGCUUCAGGGCAGCUGUCAGUGUCGCUAUCCGCAGCUGAAAAUUCCUCCGAGAAGGACCUCCGGAAUAGCCGCACCCUCCUCAAACCUUUACAGGCAUUCCCAAGUUCGACCCAGCAAGCCUCCCCUGCCAAAUCCAAGGCCAACAUUGAGAUACCAAUCCUCAUUGUGAGCUCAGAGAGCGACUUUGGACCUGGAUCGCCCGUCAGGCAUGUCAGGGAGGCUCCAUUUUCAGUUUCUGCUCUAGAAGAACAGAGCACACCUUCCUUCAAUGCUGAUCUUGGGAACAGAGAGGCAAGGUCAGCUGUUCAGAGCGAAACAGGUGACAAAUUGCUGGCUGCAGGUUUGUGUCACGGUGCUGUGGACAGACCCGAGCCUGGCAAGUACGCACCACCAAUGUCCCCGGCCAUGUCUGCUGGGCCUAUGGAAGGGACGUCUCCUAGACCUGGGUCCGAGGAUCUGGAAACAAGAUCUGAGAAGGAGCUUGCACAUGCUGAGGGAAAGGGGGACAACAUUGCCCAGGAUGAGCAGCUGACAGGCGGGAUUGCAAGAAAUGGCACAUUGUCUGGUCGAUCUCCCUUGCACCCUGACACAAAAUCCAGUCCCCUGCCAAUCAGUGGUGUCCAAGAUCUCUCGAGUGCUGGCAAAAGGGGCCCCCUUCCUGACCGGACAGAAAUUCCAUUGCCGCCUUACAAUCCUCCAAUCGCUCAGAGGGAUGCAAAGCGAGCCACAUCAGCAAGCGGGAGGAAUCCUGUCAGCAGGGAGGGGACAAGCGCGGAGACGCAUCAGGGAACUAGUGGUGGAAAUGAACAGACGGGAUCUGUCCAAUUGAGCACAACGGGAGAGGUCCUGAGCUCGCCAGAGGCUCCAGCAGGGAGUGGGCCCGAACCAAACCAUGCCGAGUCUGCUGAAAAGAGGCCACAGAGUGUGGAGCCCGAGAGCAGCCCAGGCGGCUCCAUCACGAAGGCUGUUUCGGCUUCUGAUGAGCCACUGCAGAGGGAACCACCCCCAGAAGUGACAGGCAGCGGGAGAGCUCGGGAGGCAGAUUUGCAAUUGGGAGCUGAUAAGCCCUCCAUGCCAGGGUUGCCCGUACGGGAACAAGAUCGGCCCCAGAAAAUCACGGCAGGCCCUGAGCAGCGAGGCGGGGUCCAGCAGCAGCCUGCAACGCCGCCCCCGGCUCAGGCGCAGCCAACAGGAUGGGGCAACGGCAGGGCGGCCAACGGGGCAUGGCAGGGAUCCCCGGGGGGUUCGGGAAGUCAGCGCGGGCUGAAGAGUGUUUCACAGCAAGGGGAGGGGCCGUCAGGAGGGGUUCAGAUGCGGCGUCCGCAGAGCGGGGGGCAUGGCAGGGGUGGCUGGCAGCCCCCCGGCCGGUACUCUCCACAGGGCCUGGGCAAAGGUGGGGGUUUCCAGGGGUCCAUGAACCACAAUGCGACGUCUGCCCCUGGCACGAACAAUGUGAGGAGGAACGGCGCAGUGGACAAUGGGGGGGGGCGCCAGAGGGGGCAGAGCCGCAGCCCUGAGAGCCCCCUGAACUGGGGAAAGCCAGUCAGCCCGAACCUGGAAGAGCUCCCCGUGGCAAUGUCGCAACCCCCCGUUCCGCAGCCCCUCCCACCAACGCUCGCAGGGGGGGCUGCCACGCACCUCACAAUUGAGUGGCAGGAGAGCCCUCGGUGCCAGUUUUACUUCCUGGACAUGGCGUUGUCAGUUGAUCGGGGGGUGCGGGACACAGGUUCGAGUGUCGGGAACGGGGAGCGCUUGGUUGGAGAGAGUUUGGACUGGCGGCCCGUGUAUAGCGGCAAGGACUUCAAGUGCCAGGUCACAGGGCUCAAACCAGGCCAGUCAUACUGGUUCCGUGUGCGUUACUUGCCCGCCGCCACCCCCCCCUUUGCUCCCCCUACGCCUCCCCCCCCCUCCCAUGCCCGCUUUCUUCUGGACUCAGUGCAGCACCCCUGGUCCCCCUACCCCCCCCCAGCUCGCCUCCCGCGCACGCAGCAACCUCAAGGUAAAAUGGGCCCCUCCUCCUGA